AUGCUAUCCACACGCAACUCCUUACUCGCACUUGCCUCUUUCAAAGUCCUGCCUCUUGUUCUAGGUAUCCCUCUUGGAAAUACCUUCCUCGCUUCGUCUGACCUCCUAGCAAACGGACGAGACGCGCAAGCACUUAAUGCCAAGUUCGCUACCCUUACAGCAGGUGACUCGUGUUCAGAUGGCGAAAACGCGUGUGUUGGCACCAAAUUCGCUCAAUGUACGGGCGGAACGUGGUCAGUGAAUGAUUGUGCGGGUGGAACGCAAUGCUUUGCGCUGCCGCUUGUCAACUCGCGCGGAACUUCUGUCACUUGCGACACAGAGAAUGACGCCCUUGCGCGUAUUCAAGCGACAGGUGCAACAGGAGGU